CAGCAGUAACCGGAGCACGAGAAUCCGCCAUCAUCAUAGAAGAAGCAGUAUAAAAAUCCUUUGCCUUUCCAUUUCCAUAUUUUUUGUUUUUGUAACACAAUUUUUGUGGAGAAAUAUCAGCAAAAAAAAAAAAAAACACUCGUACUAAAAUACCAACACUCUCGGGCUCUCUAUAAUAUCCCAAAAAGGGGUUGUUGGAGUUUGUAUAUGCGCAGAACCCAAAACCGAAAAAAUAAAACUGGUAGUAGUAUAGUGCACUUCCGAAACUCAUAAAAAAAUUCCAUCACUAGUUCGAAAACGACGGUUCUUGAGACUACUAGUAUUUUGGUAAUAUAACGGACGGGCGUUCGGAGUGUUUUUUUUUUGUAUUAAAUCACUCACAUAUAUAAGUAAAAAAAAUACAAAAUAAUCCUUUUUCAUUUUCUUUUUUGUGAUAAAUUUCCAGUAGAAGUGAAAAGUUUUUUUUUGAUUUCGGUUUUAUUAGUUUCCAAUUUUCGAAACGAAAAAUAAUAAAUAAAUAAAACGUAGAAACGUGGUGUUUUUUUGGAACCAAAUAUCGGCCGAAAAUUAUUGGAUUAGAAAAAGUGUGUUUUUUGAAAACGAAAAAAUAGAGAAAAAAAAAAAAAAAUCCUUUGGUAUCAAUCAUCUUCAUCAUACAUAUAUACAAACAAAUACAAUUGCAAAAUGAAGUGUUUACUUUUAAUAACAACGGUAUUUCUGGUGAUGUUGAUGUCAUCAUCCUUGGGUGUUGAAGCUAAAAAGAAAAAAUACGAAGGAAGCGAUUUUGAAUUCAUUGAUGAGGUUAACAAAAAUUCACAAUCAUCACAGAAGACGACAAUAGAUAGGAAGAAAUGGAUACAUGAUCCAACAAGUGAUUUAUGUCGACCACUUAACUGCAAAAAGAGAGAAAUUUGUCUACUCGAAGAUGAAUACAGUGCUGUCUGUGUGUCAAAGAAGGAACUACACAAAAACAGAGAUGAAAUAAUUUCCAAGGCCAAAUAUCUUGAAGAGGAAGCCAAACGUAAAGUGAAUCAAGAAGAUGACGAGGAUAAGAGCACCAGCUCCGAAGAGGAUUCCAAAGAGGAUGAUGUCUUUUAUGAAAACGAUCCAAGUGACAAGGAUGAAGAGUACGAUGAAAAUUGUAAACCAUGUCCCGUCGCAAAGCCGACUUUCUUGUGUGGCGCCGACAAUAGGACCUAUUCAUCCUUAUGCAGAUUAGAUUACCACAACUGCAUCCACUCUACAUCGAUCCGGAUAGCCUGUAAAGGAUUCUGUCCCUGCAAGGAUCCUUCCGAUAGCAAACGACUGCAACGAGUGGGGGAAAGGCAGAGUUCCUUCAAUGCCAAAUAUAAGAAAACCCUCGAACAGUAUAAGGACGCCAAUAAUAUGCUAAAGGAUGAGAAGGACGACAACAAUCGGCACUAUAAUCAUAUUAAUUCGCAAUUUACUUUCACUCCGGAGGAAAUCAAGUACGAUAACAAACACUACAAAUAUCUCAAGUACACUGCCUAUAAGAAGGACAAUCAAUUCCAGGAUGACAAACAUAAAAUCCGAGGCUACAAUGAGGUGGUAGAGAAGCCACAAAAAUACACCAAGACCAGCAUCACCAACAACGGUUAUCCAUCAAAAUCGGUUGAAUGCAAGCCACAGCAAUUAACAGCAAUUGGCAAUCGCCUUCUCGAUUGGUUCUCCGUCAUAAUGGCCGACAGCAAGAAACGCCGUCAGCACAAUCAGAAAUCUAAAGCGCACUUCCCACCCGCAUGCAAAACCGAAGCCAAAUGGAUGUUCGGCCAUUUGGAUUUGAACAAUGACGGCUUCCUGUCCCUGCAGGAAAUGUACGACUUGGAACAUGACCAGAAUGAACGUUGCAUCAAGCCAUUCAUUGACACAUGCGACCUGGACCAGGAUAGCACGAUUAACACGCGCGAAUGGUGUCGUUGCUUCGAGAAGACAGAUCGUCCUUGCGCCGCGGUUAGACGAAGAAUCGCUGGCGACUUUGCAGGUGAGAUAGGAGCCUAUGCACCUGAUUGCGACGUUCAAGGAUUCUAUAAGCCAACACAGUGUCACAAUUCGGUCGGCGUAUGCUGGUGUGUUGACAAACAUGGCGUGGAGUUUGCAAAUACCCGCACCCGAGGAAAACCAAACUGCGAAAAUGUACUCAACAAUGCCUCAUCAUUAACAUCAGACGAUGAAGACGAAGAAACAGACGAUGAUGAUAGUGCGGAGGGUAGCGCUGAUCAAAUGCUAGUUUUCUAAGCUCGUAAAUAUUUUAAUCUUAAUGUUUCUACGAACACACAUCAUAAUAUCAACAUCUUUCGUAUACCAACAAAAAAAAAAAUAAUAAUUUGAAAAAAAAAAUAUGUCAUGUUGCUCCCAUUAAACACUUAACAAAAUCAGGCAUUUUUUCAAAAAAAAAAAAAAAAAAAAACAACCCAAAAGAAACAGUAAAACACAACAUUUUUACUGAAAACAACAAACUCACUAAAAACCAAAAAAAAAUUAAGAAGAAAAAAAAAAGGAUUUUGGCAAAAACUAGGUAAAAAUAGCAAAUAAGCAACUUAAUUAUAAACAGCAGACAAAAUUUUUAUAAUUUCACAUAAAUUAAAUUGCUUAAAGCAAAAAAAAAAGGAGAAAAUAUAUUAAAAAAACAUAAUAUAUUAUCUUCUCUUUCACCCAAAAAAAUCAGCGCAAUGUAAAAACAAAAAUUUAAAUUACUUCAUAAAUAUGUUUGAUGUUAAAAAAAAAAAAUAAACCAAACAAUUUAAUUAAGAACUUAAAUUAAAAACACAUAAAAAUUAAUUAAUUAGUGUAAAUCUUAAAACAAUUAUUAAACAUUUUCUUUUGUUUUAUUGUAUUCAAAAAAAUAUAAUUUAACAAAAAAACAAAAGAAAUGAUUUUUUGCAACGAGAAUUAGGCAACAUGAUAUUUAUUAUAGAAAAUAUUAUAUUUUUUAAAUAAUAAAUUAAAACCAAAAAUCAUCAUAAAAUUAAAAAACAAAAAUAAAAACGAAAGGACUUAUUUGAAAAAAAAAUAAAAAAAUUCGCAUCAUAAAAUUAAUUUAUUUAAUUAUCUUGUGUAUUGCGCGCAUAACUUUAAAGGCUUUUUAAUGUCCUUUUUCUUAUAUGCAUUAUGAUAGAAUGGAUAGGAUAAACGAUUAAAUUAAUUGAUAUUAAACUCCUAUAUUAAGCAAAUUUAUUUGCGUUUGAUAUUAUUUUUCAAGAAGCAAGCUAAUAUUCCGCCCAAAAUAUAUAGAAAUGAAAAAAAAAGAAAAAAAAUAUUUAAAAAAAAAUUAUUGUGAUAAGUUAAAAUAAAUAUUUAAAAGUACAUUUUUAUUUCUUGUGUUGUUUAACUUUAGGUUUUAACGUAAUUUUGUUCUCUGUUUCUUUAUAUAAAUUAGAAAUGUAAAUGUUUCUUCACAGUUUUUGAGUCAUUUCUGAAGAGAUUUAAUUUUUUUUUUUUUAAGUUACUUAGUUGGUAUCACUGAAAUCAAUGAUUAUGUUUUACACAAAGUGCUAAUGAAUUUUACCUUUAAAUUUGCCGGUUAGAGCCUCACUCCUAGGGCUUUAAAAGAAACUGCAAAAUGAGUAGCGUUACGCGUUACUUUCAUAUAAUUCGUAUAUUUCGUGUACUUCGUUUAAUACUAAACGUAUGGUACGAUUUACGUUUGGUACUUGCAUUACUUGUUCAGUACCAGUAACGAAAAAUACGAGUUUAAGAAGUAGAAUUUCGUUCCUUAAGGUAGUUAACUUUCUUAGUGAUAGGGCAAACAACGCUAAAAUGAGUGUAUUAUUUUGUUUCGUAUAUCAUAUAUCAGAUUUGGUAUUGGAAUUGGAAUCUCAUCGUUACUAUGUAUGUUUCGUUACUUGUUCAGUACUAACAACAAAACAUACGAGUAACGAUAUUGUUAAGAAAGUAACGUUUUGUUACUCGUUACUCAUGUGAAGUAUUGAAUACUUACAAUUUGCUAAAGGUCUAGCUGUUUUAAACAGCUCGUAACAAAAGAACUAGAAUUUAAUUGUUAACUUAAAACGUCACAGAUAUUUGUUGCAAUCUGCAAUGGGAAAGGAUUGAAUUCAUCAUCGGCAUUGUAGAAGUAAUUUACCAAAUCAUCGACAUUACUUUCGACAACACUCCUAAUUCCUGCAAAAGCUUUCCUCAAAAUUCUCUUGCAGGAAAGUAUCAACACUCUAUUGAUGUUGGAGUUGUUUGCAUUUGGUGGAUUGAAUGUGGUUGAUGUGGAAAUAGGCUUAUACUUUUGAUCAUUGACAGAUCAAGCAGUUCCUUUGGUUCUCGUUAGACAAUCCUUGCAAAGCGAAAUUUCAAUGACAAGUUUCAGAAUUGCAUGUAUUUGAAAAUAAGCAAGGUUGUGGAUUUGUACGCGCAUCGAAACUAUUAUGUAACGAAGUGCCAAAUGUGCUGAGUUGGUUAGUUACAGCUUAGAAUCUGUAAGAUUAUCUUUUCAAACUUUUUUCCACACUUCAGAUUCAGAUGGUAAAUGCCUUUGAAAUCCAUGAAAGGGUAACACCCCUUUGUUACUUCUAAAAAAAAAUAUCGUGAUGAGCUGACAUCUGGCAUCUGCUGGGGCAAUUCUUUCGCUGGUUUUUAUUUGAAAGCGUACGUCAAAAGAUUAAAAUCCAUGAAAAUCCAAGAAAUCGAUUUAUGAAAUGGAGUUUUUUGAUGAUCAGGUACGCACUGAGAAGCUUCAUGUCAUAAAAACUGAUCUUGGUUUUUUCAAGAGGUUUCGCUUUUCCAAAAAGAUUAGAUAUGCGAAAUAAAUAUUCCUUAGACCGCUUUAAGUUCGGUAACCAAGAAUUCUGCUUCUAUAAAGCUUUACAAAAGUUUUAAGAGCAUCUGUAAGUCUUUAUAGAAGCAAAAUUGGCAAUUGGGUCCGCGUCAUGUCAUGCUUUAUAGUCCUUUGAACUGAGGUAAGAAAAGAUACAUCCUUGAACUCCUGAGUAGAUCGUUUGCUAGCUUGAUGGAGUGUUUGUGAAGUAUUCGAUUUUGAACCUGUAUACUUGUCUUCAAGGCGAUAUUCAUACGAAUUCAAUGAUAUUAAAACAAAAUAACAACCUAAACCUAGGGUUGCAUUUAAUCUAGGUACCAUUGACAUCACUGAGUAAUUUAAUAUCGAUUGCUUUAAAAUAACAACAAAAAUCUCCUCUUUAUUGAAAUGGCUUUUUGCUUUACCACUUUGUGUCAUUUUUUUUUUUCCUUAUUUAAUGAAAAAAUAAAAUAUAUUAAAAUGAAAAACUUAGAGAAAGAAAUUAAAUUCUAUAUUCCAAACCAAUUUAAUUUUUGUUUAAAAAAAAUUAUAAACAUUGUGUGUGCGAUGCAAGUAAAAGAUUUAAAAAAAAAAAA